CGUUUCUCUCAGCCAGUCAGCGAAACCAGCGAAACCGUGCUUGCCUUUCCCUUGCUGUGGCCCCCCUCUCUUUGCUACUACUACGGCCCUCCCCCCUCUACUCUUCUCUUCUCCUACUAUCUUCCUACACUACCAACUCCCCCAUACAAACUCCCUCCCAUACAAAAAAAAGUUCUUUUUUUUUUGACAUAUUCUAAUUCGUGAUCAUCGAAUUCAUUCAUCAUGCCUAAGGAAAGCACCACCAAGUCCACCCGCAAGGCCCCCGAGAAGCGCGUCCAGCGCCGCAAGAAGGACCCCAACGCGCCUAAGCGUGGUCUGUCCGCCUACAUGUUCUUCGCCAAUGACAACCGCGACAAGGUUCGCGAGGAGAACCCCGGCAUCAGCUUCGGCCAGGUUGGCAAGCAGCUCGGUGACAAGUGGAAGGCUCUGAGCGAGACCGACCGCAAGCCCUACGACGCCAAGGCUGCCGCUGACAAGAAGCGCUACGAAGAGGAGAAGGCCGCCUACCUCGCCAAGGCUGAGGAGGAGGAAGAGGAGGAAUCCGCUUAA